UAUUGGAUUGUAUUGUUCUCUCAAUUUUUUUUUCUCUAUUUUGAAUACAUUAUAUAUUUUCAUGCAUGUGUAGAAAAUCUCUUUUUCUACACGCUCUAUUUUCUCUCCGCCAUUUUAUAGCAACUAUUGUGACAUUUCCUAAGAGGAGAAACGUCAGUGCAGUGGUGUUUUGUUUUCCUGCUACACUUUUUCCUGGUUAUUUUCUGCACACAGGAAAUACCUUCCGCGGCAUGGCGUACAUUAGUGACUUGUCAAUAGCUGUAAUCUGCUCCUCUAACAUGAAUCGCUCGAUGGAGGCGCACGGCUACCUGGCCAAAAAGCGCUUCAAAGUGCGCUCCUUUGGCACUGGCGACAAGGUGAAGCUUCCGGGAACUGCAGCCGAUAAGCCCAACGUGUAUGACUUCGGGGUACUCUAUGAUGACAUCUACAAUGACCUGUGCUACAAGGAUAAGCAGUACUACACUCAGAACGGUCUCCUGCACAUGCUGGAUCGCAACCGGCGAAUAAAGCCGGCCUCAGAGAAGUUCCAGCUAUGCACAGAGCGGUUCGACAUAAUCGUAACGGCAGAGGAGCGUGUGUAUGACCAGGUGAUUGAGUUCAUGGAGUCCAAAACACCUGUCUAUAAUCAGCCUGUCCAUGUCCUCAACAUUGAUAUUCAAGACAAUCACGAGGACGCGACGAUUGGGGCUUUUCUCAUCUGCGACAUGGUCACGAACAUGGCUCAGAGCGAUGAUCUGGACAACGACAUCGAUGAAAUCCUUCACGAGUUUGAGACGAAGGUCGAGAGGUCCGUUCUUCACUGCGUCUUGUUUUAUUGAUAAGCAUGCCAAUCGCCU